AUGUGGAAGAGAAUGUGGUCCCCUCCACCGCCAUUCAAAGCCCUCUCAUUCCUCGACAAAUUCCUCGUCCUCUGGAUCCUGCUCGCAAUGGCUCUAGGCAUAAUCCUGGGCAACCUCGUCCCAUCAACCGGGCCAGCCUUACAGAGAGGCGAAUUCGUCGGCGUCUCAAUCCCCAUAGCAAUCGGUCUGCUAGUCAUGAUGUACCCGAUCCUCUGCAAAGUGCGCUACGAAACUCUUCACCUGCUCCUCAAAGAACGCAUGCUGUGGAAACAGAUCGGGAUUUCUUUCUGCCUGAAUUGGAUUCUCGCGCCGCUGUUCAUGACGGGCCUCGCGUGGGCGUUUUUACCGGAUCGAAGGGAAUUGAGAGAUGGGUUGAUUUUUGUGGGUGUGGCGAGGUGUAUUGCUAUGGUGUUGAUCUGGACGGAUUUGGCGGGUGGGGAUGGGGAUUACUGUGCUGUGCUGGUGGCUUUGAACAGUGUCUUGCAGAUUGUGUUGUUUGCACCUAUGGCGGUGUUUUAUGUUACGGUCGCAAGUCACGAUCCUGCUCCAGGUACCGAUGAUGGCGGGUCAGCCCUGUACUCGGAUGUGGCGACGAGUGUUGCGGCGUAUCUUGGAAUUCCUCUUGGAGCUGCGGUGAUUACCAGGUUGGUUCUUCGGAGACUGCUGGGCGAGAGGAAUUAUCAACUCUAUUUCAUCCGCUUCAUCGCGCCUUGGAGCUUGAUCGGUCUGCUUUAUACCAUUGUGGUGCUCUUUGGAUCGCAGGGACUGCAUGUGGUUCAACAGAUUACGAGCGUGCUGAGAGUUUGUGCUCCGCUGGUGGUCUACUUCUUGGUCAUCUUCCCGCUCACAGCCUGGAUGAUGUGGAAGUCUGGAUUCGGAUACAAAGUCAGCAGUACGCAAAGCUUCACCGCCGCGAGCAACAACUUCGAAUUAGCGAUCGCAGUGGUGGUCUCCGUUUAUGGCGCUGGCAGUCAGGAAGCACUGGCCGCUACAGUUGGACCUCUGAUCGAGGUACCGGUCUUGAUUGCAUUGGUAUAUGUCAUCAAAUGGUGUCGCAAGCGGUGGCAGUGGAAGGAUUAG